AUGGCAUCUAAAAUAAUUGUCCUGGGGAGUGUCAAAUGCUCAAUCAAAGAAGUGUUCGCAAAAUUAGCAAAGCUCCAGGCGAAACAAAAUUUCGCUUUUGCUAUUAUUUCUGGAGACCUUUUUGGUGAUGUCUCAGAUGAGGAAGAGCUCAGCGACAUUGUUGCCUUGCUGGAUGGGACUAUCACUGUGCCAUUGCCCACAUAUUUCACCGUUGGAAACCACCCGAUUCCAGCCCGUAUCAUUGAAAAAAUUGAAUCGGAUGAUGAGGUUUGCACAAAUCUUUAUUUCCUUGGUCGGCGUAGCACCCUCAAAACCUCUGAAGGCAUCAGAAUCGUUACAUUGGGGGGAAAUCUAGAAAGAAGCUCUAAGACCUUUGCGUCUGAUGUGAGCGAUAAAUACCUGCCCAGAUACACGCAAUCCGACGCCCGAUCGUUAUUCGGAGCCCACAAUGCCGAUAUUUUAAUAACUAAUCAAUGGCCAAAGUCGAUUCGCGAUGGUUCAAAAGUCUCAUUGCCUGAGGGCGCCAACGCUCCCGAAGGAUCACAAUGCGUGGCAGACCUCUGUACGACUCUAAAACCCCGAUAUCACUUUUCGUCAGAGGCACCCUUCUUUUAUGAACGUGAACCUUUCUUCCAUCUCCCCACCGAAGAAUCUCCCGACGUAAAACAUAUUACUCGAUUCAUCAACCUGGCCCCGUUCAGCAAAUCGUCGAAUCAAAAAUGGCUUUCUGCCUUCACCCUAGAUCCACAUGUCACUCCGUCAACAUCUAUUCCCGCAGGGGCGACGGCAUCGCCACUUCUAACUUCGAGGAAGCGCGACCCUCAUCCUGACCAGGCGCAAGCUUUCAGUCGCUUCGCCCAAGGCGAUGACUAUCAUCGGCCUAGCAAGCGGGCUCGGAGGCCCCCCCCACCUGGACCUUCAGAGUGCUUUUUUUGCUUAUCGAAUCCGAAUAUUGCCACCCAUCUCAUUACCUCCAUUGGAUCGGAAUGUUACCUUACAACUGCAAAGGGCCCGUUACCCACAUCCACCACGUUUCGCUCUCUUGGAUUUCCGGGACACAUGUUAAUUAUCCCCCUGACUCACGCACCUACUUUCGACGCAAUAACCGAGUCUGAUUCACAAACGGCCACCACCAAGGAGAUGCAAAGAUAUCGAACUGCUUUGCAUGCAAUGCUGGAUGAAAAAUCCAAUGGGGAGCUUGGUGCAGUUACCUGGGAAGUCAGCCGUGCCAAGGGAAUACAUAUCCACUGGCAAUUUCUUCCCGUGCCAUCAGACCUAAUAUCUCGUGGGUUGGUGGAGGCAGCUUUCAGGGUUGAAGCCGAAAACCUUAAUUAUCCCAAGUUUAGAAAAGAGGAUAGCAAAGCAUUGGAAAAGGGCGAUUACUUUCGGGUGAUGAUCUGGGAGUCGUCAAAAAAUACCUCGAAAGGUGAAAAGGAAGAAAGAACAACGAAUAAAGUAGGCCUGGAUACCAACUUGAUCCUUCCAUUAUCGCCAGAUUUCCGGUUCGAUCUUCAGUUUGGCCGAAGAGUGAUGGCUAAACUUCUCCAACUUGAGAAGCGGAUGAAUUGGAGAGACGAUGUGCAAUCACAGGACGAAGAAGCUGCUGAUGCGGAAGCAUUCAAGAAGGCAUUCGAAAAGUUUGAUUUUUCAGCAGAAGAGUAG